AUGUCAGUUGCAGUCCCCUCCAUCUCAAUUGCGGGCCCCCUCCAUCUCACAAUUUCUGCCCCCCCAAUCUCAAUUGUGACUCACUUCCAUCUCAUAAUUGCUGUCACCUCCAUCUCAAUUGCGGGCCCCCUCCAUCUCAUGAUUGCCGUCCCCCCCAUCUCAGUUGAGACUAAAACUUUUUCUUUUCUUUCUAUGUAUUUAUUAUUCUCUGGUAUUUUAGAAUCUUUCUUUCUUUCUUUCUUUUUUCUUUCUUUCUUUCUUUCUCUCGUUCGUUCUUUAGCAUUUAUUAUUCUCUGGCAUUUCGGAAUACACUUUCUUUCUUUCUUUCUUUCUUUCUUUCUUUCGUCUUUCUUUCUUUCCUUCUUCCUUCCGUUUUUUCUUUCGUUCUUUCUUUCUUUCUCUCGUUCGUUCUAUAGCAUUUAUUAUUCUCUGGCAUUUCGGAAUACUCUUUCUUUCUUUCUUUCUUUCUUUCUUUCUUUCUUCUUUCUUUCUUUCCUUCUUCCUUCCUUUUUUUCUUUCCAUUUAUUAUUCUCUGGCAUUUCGGAAUACUCUUUCUUUCUUUCUUUCUUUCUUUCUUUCUUUCUUUCCUUCUUCCUUCCGUUUUUUCUUUCGUUCUUUCUUUCUUUCUCUCGUUCGUUCUAUAGCAUUUAUUAUUCUCUGGCAUUUCGGAAUACUCUUUCUUUCUUUCUUUCUUUCUUUCUUUCUUUCUUCCUUCCGUUUUUUCUUUCGUUCUUUCUUUCUUUCUCUCGUUCGUUCUAUAGCAUUUAUUAUUCUCUGGCAUUUCGGAAUACUCUUUCUUUCUUUCUUUCUUUCUUUCUUUCUUUCUUUCUUUCCUUCUUCCUUCCGUUUUUUCUUUCGUUCUUUCUUUCUUUCUCUCGUUCGUUCUAUAGCAUUUAUUAUUCUCUGGCAUUUCGGAAUACUCUUUCUUUCUUUCUUUCUUUCUUUCUUUCUUUCUUUCUUUCCUUCUUCCUUCCGUUUUUUUCUUUUCGUUCUUUCUUUCUUUCUCUCGUUCGUUCUAUAGCAUUUAUUAUUCUCUGGCAUUUCGGAAUACUCUUUUCUUUCUUUCUUUCUUUCUUUCUUUCCUUCUUCCUUCCCAUUUAUUAUUCUCUGGCAUUUCGGAAUACUCUUUCUUUCUUUCUUUCUUUCUUUCUUUCUUUUCUUCCUUCCGUUUUUUUUUUUCGUUCUUUCUUUCUUUCUCUCGUUCGUUCUAUAGCAUUUAUUAUUCUCUGGCAUUUCGGAAUACUCUUUCUUUUUUCUUUCUUUCUUUCUUUCUUUCUUUCCUUCUUCCUUCCGUUUUUUCUUUCGUUCUUUCUUUCUUUCUCUCGUUCGUUCUAUAGCAUUUAUUAUUCUCUGGCAUUUCGGAAUACUCUUUCUUUCUUUCUUUCUUUCUUUCUUUCUUUCUUUCUUUCCUUCUUCCUUCCGUUUUUUCUUUCGUUCUUUCCGUUCCUUCUUUCUUUCUCUCGUUCGUUCUAUAGCAUUUAUUAUUCUCUGGCAUUUCGGAAUACUCUUUCUUUCUUUCUUUCUUUCUUUCUUUCUUCCUUCCGUUUUUUUUUUUUCUUUCUUUUCUUUCUUUCUCUCGUUCGUUCUAUAGCAUUUAUUAUUCUCUGGCAUUUCGGAAUACUCUUUCUUUCUUUCUUUCUUUCUUUCUUUCCUUCUUCCUUCCGUUUUUUCUUUCGUUCUUUCUUUCUUUCUCUCGUUCGUUCUAUAGCAUUUAUUAUUCUCUGGCAUUUCGGAAUACUCUUUCUUUCUUUCUUUCUUUCUUUCUUUCUUUCUUUCUUUCUUUCCUUCUUCCUUCCGUUUUUUCUUUCGUUCUUUCUUUCUUUCUCUCGUUCGUUCUAUAGCAUUUAUUAUUCUCUGGCAUUUCGGAAUACUCUUUCUUUCUUUCUUUCUUUCUUUCUUUCCUUCUUCCUUCCGUUUUUUCUUUCGUUCUUUCUUUCUUUCGCUCCAUUUAUUAUUCUCUGGCAUUUCGGAAUACUCUUUCUUUCUUUUUCUUUCUUUCUUUCUUUCUUUCUUUUCUUUCCUUCUUCCUUCCGUUUUUUUCUUUCGUUCUUUCUUUCUUUCUCUCGUUCGUUCUAUAGCAUUUAUUAUUCUCUGGCAUUUCGGAAUACUCUUUCUUUCUUUCUUUUUUCUUUCUUUCUUUUCUUUCUUUCCUUCUUCCUUCCGUUUUUUCUUUCGUUCUUUCUUUCUUUCUCUCGUUCGUUCUAUAGCAUUUAUUAUUCUCUGGCAUUUCGGAAUACUCUUUCUUUCUUUCUUUUCUUUCUUUCCUUCUUCCUUCUUUCUUUUUUUCUUUCGUUCUUUCUUUUUCUUUCUCUCGUUCGUUCUAUAGCAUUUAUUAUUCUCUGGCAUAUCGGAAUACUCUUUCUUUCUUUCUUUCUUUCUUUCUUUCUUUUCCUUCUUCCUUCCGUUUUUUUCUUUCGUUUUUUUCUUUCUUUCUCUCGUUCGUUCUAUAGCAUUUAUUAUUCUAUGGCAUUUCGGAAUACUCUUUCUUUCUUUCUUUCUUUCUUUCUUUCUUUCUUUCCUUCUUCCUUCCAUUUUUUUCUUUCGUUCUUUCUUUCUUUCUCUCGUUCGUUCUAUAGCAAUUAUUAUUCUCUGGCAUUUCGAAUACUCUUUCUUUCUUUUCUUUCUUUCUUUCUUUCUUUCUUUCUUUCUUUUCCUUCUUCCUUCCGUUUUUUUCGUUCUUUCUUUUCUUUCUUUUUUUCUCUCGUUCGUUCUAUAGCAUUUAUUAUUCUCUGGUAUUUCGGAAUACUCUUUCUUUCUUUCUUUCUUUCUUUUUCUUUCCUUCUUCCUUCCGUUUUUUCUUUCGUUCUUUCUUUUUUCUCUCGUUCGUUCUAUAGCAUUUAUUAUUCUCUGGCAUUUCGGAAUACUCUUUCUUUCUUUCUUUCUUUUCUUUCUUUUCUUUCCUUCUUCCUUCCGUUUUUUCUUUCGUUCUUUUUCUUUCUUUCUCUCGUUCGUUCUAUAGCAUUUAUUAUUCUCUGGCAUUUCGAAUACUCUUUCUUUCUUUCUUUCUUUCUUUCUUUCUUUCUUUUUCUUUCCUUCUUCCUUCCGUUUUUUUCUUUCGUUCUUUCUUUCUUUCUCUCAAUACUUUCUUUCUUUCUUUCUUUUUCUUUCUUUCUUUUCUUUCUUUCUUCUUCCUUCCGUUUUUUCUUUUCGUUCUUUCUUUCUUUCUCUCGUUCGUUCUAUAGCAUUUAUUAUUCUCUGGCAUUUCGGAAUACUCUUUCUUUCUUUCUUUUCUUUCCUUCUUCCUUCCGUUUUUUCUUUCGUUCUUUCUUUCUUUCUCUCGUUCGUUCUAUAGCAUUUAUUAUUCUCUGGCAUUUCGGAACUCUUUCUUUUUUCUUUCUUUUCUUUCUUUUUUUCUUUCUUUCCUUCUUCCUUCUUCCUUUUUUUCUUUUCGUUCUUUUUUUCUUUCUUUCUCUCGUUCGUUCUAUAGCAUUUAUUAUUCUCUGGCAUUUCGGAAUACUUUUUUCUUUCUUUCUUUCUUUUCUUUCUUUCUUCCUUCCGUUUUUUCUUUCGUUCUUUCUUUCUUUCUCUCGUUCGUUCUAUAGCAUUUAUUAUUCUCUGGCAUUUCGGAAUACUCUUUCUUUCUUUCUUUCUUUCUUUUUUCCUUCUUCCUUCCGUUUUUUCUUUCGUUCUUUCUUUUCUUUCUCUCGUUCGUUCUAUAGCAUUUAUUAUUCUCUGGCAUUUCGGAAUACUCUUUCUUUCUUUCUUUCUUUCUUUCUUUUUUCUUCUUCCUUCCGUUCUUUCUUUCGUUCUUUCUUUCUUUCUCUCGUUCGUUCUAUAGCAUUUAUUAUUCUCUGGCAUUUCGGAAUACUCUUUCUUUCUUUCUUUCUUUCUUUCUUUCUUUCUUCCUUCCGUUUUUUCUUUCGUUCUUUCUUUCUUUCUCUCGUUCGUUCUAUAGCAUUUAUUAUUCUCUGGCAUUUCGGAAUACUUUUUCUUUCUUUCUUUUCUUUCUUUCUUUCUUUCCUUCUUCCUUCCCAUUUAUUAUUCUCUGGCAUUUCGGAAUACUCUUUCUUUCUUUCUUUCUUUCUUUCUUUCUUUCCUUCUUCCUUCCGUUUUUUCUUUCGUUCUUUCUUUCUUUCUCUCGUUCGUUCUAUAGCAUUUAUUAUUCUCUGGCAUUUCGGAAUACUCUUUCUUUCUUUCUUUCUUUCCUUCUUCCUUCCGUUUUUUAUUUCGUUCUUUCUUUCGUUCCUUCUUUCUUUCUCUCGUUCGUUCUAUAGCAUUUAUUAUUCUCUGGCAUUUCGGAAUACUCUUUUCUUUCUUUCUUUCUUUUCUUUCUUUCCUUCAUCCUUCCGUUUUUUCUUUCGUUCUUUCUUUUUUUUCUCUCGUUCGUUCUAUAGCAUUUAUUAUUCUCUGGCAUUUCGGAACUCUUUCUUUCUUUUUUUUCUUUCUUUCUUUCCUUUUCCCAUUUAUUAUUCUCUGGCAUUUCGGAAUACUAUUUCUUUCUUUCUUUCUUUCUUUCUUUCUUUCAGCCUUCCGUUUUUUCUUUCGUUCUUUCUUUCUUUCUCUCGUUCGUUCUAUAGCAUUUAUUAUUCUCUGACAUUUCGGAAUACUCUUUCUUUCUUUCUUUCUUUCUUUCUUUCCUUCUUCCUUCCGUUUUUUCUUUCGUUCUUUCUUUCUUUCUCUCGUUCGUUCGAUAGCAUUUAUUAUUCUCUGGCAUUUCGGAAUACUUUUUCUUUCUUUCUUUCUUUCUUUCUUUCUUCCGUUUUUUCUUUCGUUCUUUCUUUCUUUCUCUCGUUCAAUACACUUUCUUUCUUUCGUUCCUUCGUUAGUACUUUAGAAUUUAUUAUUCUCUGGCACUUCAGAAUCAUUAUUUCUGACGUUCGUUCCUUUAUUUUUCUUAAUUUUUUUGUCAUUUUUCUUUUGUUCGCUCUCACUUUCGUUCGUCCUAUAUUUGUUUCUUUCUUUGGUUCGUUUUUUCUUUCUUUCUUUCUUUCUUUCUUUCUUUCUUUCUUUCUUUUUAUGUCCGCUCUUCUUCUCUAUAUUUUACAUCUUCCAUUUUUUUUUCCUUUAGAGCAAAUUCGUUUACCCAAAUUCACUGAUCUUACACCAACGUAUUUAGUUCGUUUUCUCUCUUUUUCAAUUUCUCUCUUAUUUUUCUCAUGA